CAAGUAUCCUACGAGGCUAAUGUGUUUUUUCAGAAGUUACAGCGUGGGUUGUGUGAGAAGGGAAAAAAACCGUCAUAUUUUAACCAUGCAUAGUAAAUAUUAUAAUUAUUUACUAACAUGUGUGAAGACAUUUCCGAUAUUCUAAAAUAAGGAAAAAGAUGAAACUAUUUCUUUUUUUGUUUGUUAGUCAUAGUCAUUUAGUCACUAACGUUUCUUUUUGGUGACAAAACUUUAAAAACCGAAAAAAGGAAAAAAAGAUUAGUAUUAUCUACUUAAAGUUUCUUUAACGUAUAAUUUUUUGUGCUGAGUUUUACGUCUUCACAUUUAAUUUUAUCGGACAUUAUAUUUUCUUAUCACUGUUCAGUGUUGCUCAUAUGGUGUCAUUGCCAUUAUCUAUAAUUAGUUAAAUAAUCUGAGUGAGUGUUCACGAGUGAGUGAGAGAGUCAGAGAUACAUGCUGUAAAGUGUAGUAGUAGUAGUCCAGUGCUCUUCUGUACCGUAGUGUACCUCAUAGUAGCUAAGUAGUCAUAGUCAUAGUAACUCAGUAACUGUAUUAGUGUAUGAAGUGUAUGUAUGGUCUACAGUUACAGUAGUGUAGUGCUGAUUGAGGAUUUUGACUCACUCUAGUGUCUUAGUUUCUGUCAGUUAGGCAUAUUCCUAGUGAAAGUUUAUAUACUUGCCUUGUUUAUUGUUGGCUAUUAUUUGAAUUUUUAGGUGAAUGACCCUAUCAUAAUCAUAAUCAUACUGUGUUAACCUUGGUGUGUUUUGGGAAGACAAUUGUUUAUUUAUUGUAUGAUAAUUUCUGGUAAUGUAACAGUGUAUGACUAUAGACAAUAGAUAGUAUUCAAUAAUGGAGAUUGAAGGAAGAAAUCUUAGUGUUCCGUCACUGUCCUUUAAACACGAUAAAGCCGCCAGUAAUUUUAAAUCCAGACGUGAAGAUGACCCAUACGACCCUACUGAAAAGAACAGUACAUGUUCCAUUGAUGUGGAUACAUUAAUAAUUUCAAGAGGUGAAAGACCUGAAGCAGAAAUAGAUUGGUCAACUUUAAAAUUAUUGUCUGUUUUUGAUGAAAUGGGGAAUAAAAUUAUGUUUUCUGAUAUUUUCAAACAACAGAAAACUAUUGUUAUAUUAGUACGGGUAGGCAUAUUAUUUUUUCUUAUUUAUCUAAGUACCUAACUGUAAAUAAAAAUACCAAUUUUAGGACAAGUGGUUCGAAAAAGUUAAUGUUUUAAGUUUAAGGAAACACUGGCUGCAUGGCUGCCUACACAAUAAUACAUUAUUUUUAAGUUAAUUGCUGCUUUCAUUUCUUUUAGCUAUCAAUGAAAAUGAAUGCACAAAGGGAGGAAAAAAACAUGCUGACUUAAAAGCUUUCCUGCUUCAAGAUACAAAUUAAUAAACAACUUCAUUUUUAAAAUCUGAAGAAAAAAAUUUAGAGUGAAGGGCAUGAAAUGGCGUGAUUUCUUAAGAGUUCAUCAGUAAUAAUAUUUAUUUAAAAAAGUUGAUCCAGUUAAAUUAACAAAUAUUUUUUCUCUUUUCACUUAAUGCAGCAUUUUUUGGAUUUUAUCACAAAAGAAUAUGUUGAAGGUAACUAUUUUUAAAACCCUUAAUAUAUUUGUAAAAUUACAUAUACAUUUUUUUUUAUUAUCUACUAUGGUAUUCAAUUAGUUGUGUCCUCUUUUAUAACAACUGAGCAUAUAAAGUCAAUUGGACUAUUUGAGUGUUUCCUGAAAAAAAAUCUCUGUUUUAAAAGAAUAUCAUCACUGUCAAUGUCAAAGAUAUCAGUUCACAUAUUAUUAAUAUUAUUUUUUAUUAAGUAAUAAAUGAGACAAGAUUAUGAUAAAAAAAAAAUUCCAAGGAGGUUGGAAAAAAUAAAAAACAAUAAAAAAAAAUUAAUUAAUUUCAUUCACCAUGCACAAUGAUUUUUAUUGCAGUUUGUUCCAAUAUUCACCAGUUUCCCUUAAAAUAAUAAUAUUGACCUACAUGCUAUAGUGAUGCAAAUGCAAAUCUUGCUCUGAACCAGCUAAUGAAAUCACACAUAAGCAGAAAACUGUUGCUUACAAAUAGACUGACAAAUUAUGUCAUAGAGAGCUGUUCCUAAUUUUCUAUAAUUUUUAGAUCUAGCCACAAUUUUCGGCAGAAACAUUUUGCAAAUCUUAUAUUGGUUACAAGUUUUAGACUUUUACUUUUCAUUUCAACACUAAUUCAUGCUUAUUAUUAGAUCAACUUACUGGAAAAAAAUGUUACUAUUAAUUUGAAGUAGAUAUGAUCUUAAUCUCUUCUCUAAGGGUAGGCUUCCUAAACUUCACCGCCUUAUUUAUAUGUUUUCUCAUGUUUGCAAGAUUGUUUCAAAGUUUAUUUUUAGGUUUAUUUUUGCCUUUGCUAGUUAGUAAAGUUAACAUCAAAUAACUCGGCCCACCGCCAAUAUUCAUGUGUGAUUAAAAUAUUAAUUAAAGUUUGGUUUAACAUCAUCUUUCACAGACAUAGCAAUAAUACCAUUGGAAUAUCUGCAGGUAAAUGACAUUUAAAUUUUAAAUGGCAUAUAUUUUGUAUUAACAAAAUCUAGUCAUAUUAACAGCCUAGUUAUUUUUCAACUAAACUAAGCAAACUGUUCAUUCCUUGUUUUCACUGUAAGCGCUGAACAUGUCCUAUUUUCCUAUUGCAAUAUUAUUAAAGAGUUUUCCAAUAUGUGCAUUUGCUAAAGGCAGAUUUGGAAAAUAAAUUCUUUUGACAUGAGUUCAUUUUAGGUUUGCAAUUAUAUCUAUUAUAACUCAAAGUAAAUAAACAAAUGUAGUGUAUUGACUUUCCAUUAUUAUGUGUAUUGACUUUCCAUUUUAUUUGUUGAGCAGAAAAAAAUGAUGUUCAAUUUAAAUUAUUGUUACAGAAUGCAGGCGUCCGACUUGUUGUUAUUGGACCAGCUCCAUUCAAAUACAUUAAGGUAGUAAACUACACAUUUAUGACCUACUAGCUGAUACACCCGUGCUUCACUACGGGGGUGGGGGAUGUAAUCGAACUGGUUUGUGGAAUUUAUAAAGCCCUUGUAUUUCUUUAUGCACCAGAGUUUAAUUGAUAGUAUAAGUGUAAAAAAAAAUAUUUAUUAAAGUAACACACAUCCAAGCUUUUCAGAAUACAGAAAAGAUCAGUUACUGGGCAGUUUAUUUUUUGCCCUUGAGGUGAAUUUGGACAACCUCACAUAUAUUUUAGUUAUAUACAAGAGUGAGAGAUUAGUCACAAAUGUCAAAAUUAACUUCAUGGUAUAUUAUAAUAAUUUGUAUAUCUUCAAUAUUAUUUUUGGGGUCGCACCUGUACCUUUGUAAAAUUCUUCCUAUCUAAUUAUACCUUAAUAAUAUGUAUCUCUAGAUAUUUUGACAAUUCCCCAAAAUGUUAAUGAAUUGUUCCCUUUCUUACUCAGUCAUUUAAACAGCUGACUGGGCUAACAUACACACUCUAUGUAGAUCCUGAGAGAGAAGUAUACAAAGCACUUGGGUGUACAGAGAAGUUAGUUAGUGGUUCAUUAGAAAGUAAGUGGCAUUUUAAGGGUCAUUUAUGUAAAAUCAGCCCUACGCAUGAGUUGUUGCCUUAAAUCAAUUAGUGAAAAUACUUUUCUUUUAGAUUUAAAGAGCAUAACAGCAUUUUUCUCAGCUAAAUAUUUUCUUUUUAUUAUAUACAUUUACAUUGAAUUGCCUUGGACGUAUAGCACCUAUAGAUUAAAGCUGCACCCCUACCAAGACUGAAAAACCUAUUAAGAUUUAGAAAUUAAAUUUAGAACGAAAAUUCAAAUGAAGGUGAACAUAGAGACUUGUUGCUUAUUCAAUAAUAGAAGUAAACUAAAAUAUAGGCAAAAACGAUUUGGGCAUUCUUUUUUUUCUUAAAGUUUAAAAUUACAAAUUAAUUGUCAGACAGCUCAUUUGUAAGUAGUCGGGAAAGGUGGAAAAAAUUUUAAAAAAAAAUUAAAAAAUUAAUUUCAUUUACCAUGCACAAUGAUUUUUAUUGCAGUUUGUUUCAAUAUCCACCAGUUUCCCUUAUAAUAAUAAUAUUGACCUACAUGCUAUAGUGAUGCAAAUGCAAAUCUUGCUCUGAACCAGCUAAUGAAAUCACACAUAAGCAGAAAACUGUUGCUUACAAAUAGACUGACAAAUUAUGUCAUAGAGAGCUGUUCCUAAUUUUCUAUAAUUGAGAGUUUGAAAAAAGUUGUCAGAACAAUAAGUGCAAGCAAAAAAAAAAUGGUCAAAUAUGAAUACUCUCUGUGGAGACACCCAUUUCCAACUACAACUGCCCAACAUAUAUUCCUAUUGCCUACUGGGUACAUAUGAUGACUGGAGCUAUGCACCUUGACCAACCCAAAUACAAGUUCAAAAUAGCGGAAUUUCAGUACUGUUUAUUUUGUCGCUUACUGUACAUUGUUAUUCUGAAUUCCAUUGCUGGCUUUGGUGGUGGCAUGCAUUGACUAGGUUUAAGGAGUACUCUCCAUUUAUUGUACACUAUAAAAUGUAGCUUAGCAAUUACUUUUCUUAAUGGUGAAAUGUACAAUGUUUAGAUCUAGAAUGAACCACAAAAAAAUUAAUUAAAAAACCCUCCAAAAAUGGUGAAUGAACAGUUUUUUUUUUUAAGGUGUGACAUGACAAACUAUUAUAAUAUAAUUAAGGGUAUCUGAAAUUAUUUGUUGUACUCAAUUUUUUCUGCUCUAUUUUUAUUGUUAACAAGUUUUUGCAUGAUCAGGUAGCAAGCAUGUAAAAUCAGGAUUUAUAUCUGGAGUUCUCAGCAGUGUAUGGAGGGCCAUGAAAUCCACAGACAAAGAAUUUCAAGGCCAUAUACAUCAACAAGGUGGUGCUUUCAUUUUUGGUCCAGGUAAUCAUAGAUAAUCUUGGAAUUAUCAGCAAAUCGUUUCAUAAUAUAGAGGAUUCUUCAGCAAUUUUUUGCUGUUGCUAAAAAUUACAAAUUCAUGUCACUCAGUAUCAAUAGAUCUGCCAGCACAGUAUCAGGAUGAAAACUCACAUAUGCCUGCAAUUAUAAAAGUGUGUUAACAGAGCAGGAAAAACUUAGGUUACAAAAAAUGUGUAUUAGAAAUGAAAAACUGGUUAAAAUGUUUUGACAUGAAAAAGACAGCAGUCAUCUUCUUCUUCUAUAUCUUAAGGGCCCACGAUCAAUUUAUUGAUCAUUUUGGCUCCUAUGCAUGUAGAUGGGAUUUGCAAUGUUUCUGUUCCUGGUGUUGAUGAGGAAAUUUCACUGAUUUCCAGUGCCACUUUGUAAGGGAAUCAUACAAUAGGGGUUUGAAUGUGUCUAGUGUUGUCGCCUCAACCGUUCCUUUUGAAAGAUUGUUCCAGUCUUUGAUUGUCUUGGGCAGGAAUGAGCAGCUCCUAUACUGGCUUCUUGCUGGUAUGAGCCUGAAUUGCCUGUCAUGGCCUCGUCACUGUCUAUAGGGGAGAAAGACGAGUUUCUGUUUAAUACUGGAACAGUGGACCAGCCCAUUAUUUAUCUUGUACAUCAUGGAGAGCCUGGAUUGUCGUCGUCGUUCCUCCAAUGGUGACCAGCGUAGUGUUUCCUGCAUGCUGCCAACACUAGAGGUAUUCCUGUAGCGGUUUAGGACAAAGCGUGCUGCUCGUCGCUGGACCGCCUCCAACCUGUCGAUGCUCUUCUGGGUAAAUGGGUCCCAGACUGAAGAUGCAUAAUCUGAAAUCGGACGGACAAAGGCUUUAUAUGCUCUUUCUUUCACACAGGGAUAUUUAUUCUAUUGGUGUGGGUCAUAUUUAUUCUAUUGGUGUGAGUAGUUAAUUUUACAAAAAUUUUGAAACUUUUAUGGAGUUGGCUCCUAUACCAGUUCACUAAUCUAUUUUGUAGUGAUAUGGCAUAAACGAAGAAGUUUAAUAGUGAACAUAACUUACUGAAACAAGAGCGACAAUCUGUUGAUUUUCAGAAAAAUCAACAUCAUCAUUGGCGCUAUAGCCCAUGUAGCCCUGGCCUGCUGCUCCACUACAUCCUUCCAUUCUGUUCUAUCCAAUUGCUGCCACCUCCUUGCGUGGACCCCCAGUUGAUGUAAAUCGUUCUCAACAUCGUAAAUCCAUCUCAGUCUUGGUUGACUGGUGAGCUGUCUGGCCCUAGAUUUCUGACUAGAUCAUUCUUGCUGCUCUACAAUCCGGAAUCCUUUCCAAGUGUCCUGUCCAGCGCAUUAUUCCUUAGUGCUUAGAAUAUCCAAGCCUGAUCUCCUGCAGUGCAACAACAGUGAUUCUAUUCUAUAUCUCAUCAAUUUGUCACUGAGGCAGGCCAGAGCUCCUGCUCUGAGUAGCCUCAUAAAAUUCCAGGUAGCCAUCCAUAAAUCAUUUAAUUGUCCAGGCAUAGGUCAAAAUCCAUAAGACAGUUUUAUAAUUUAUAUGGGUUUACCCCUUUACAAACACAUUUUUAAGAGAAUAUCAUGAAGUGAGCCAUAUAAAUUUUAAAAAAAAUAUUUCUCUAUAAUUUGUAUUUCAGGAGAUAUUUGCCACUUCAACCAUAUUGAUCAAAGCUCGACGGAUCAUUGUUCACUAAAUGAACUUCUCACUCAGGCUGGAGUGAUGAAUGUUAGUUUUCCUAAGGAUCCCAGAAUACAGAUAAUUUAGAUUUUAUUAGAUCAGGAUUUGCCAACCUUUGCUUUAUUCUUCCCCCAACUUGCAAAUUAUUUGACUAAAUCUCACACACCCUACAAAGCAAGAGAACUCUAGAACUUAACGUAGCAAAAGAGAAUUGUGACUUAUAAAGUAAAAAAUAAAUGGAGAAAUCAUAUAAACAUCCUUCUCUGUUCAUGUAAUCACCCUUCCUUGCGCUUUUUGAAAAGCCACUUUGCAUCUUGAAAACCCUGAUUAAGAUGAAGACAUUCAGCAGAGGGGAGUACUUUUGGGGGCUACACUUUCACUUUAAUAAUGUUGUUUCAUUAACUGUAGAAUAUUUGUUUUUUUACAAGGGCAUAUUAUGAAAAUUAUUUUUAAACCAUCUCUCUGCAUAGUGUGGCUGCUGUAGAUUUUUUUCCCCAUGAUUUUUCAUGCAUUUUGUAGAUGCUGUUAUGGAGAUUUUACUGUGUAUCAACCCACCCAUUGAAUCUCAUAAGUGAAAUAUUGUUUCUCUUGACUUGACCCCAUUAGUACUUUUUUCAGGCCAGCAAAGUUGUAGCUCUAACUUCCUUUAGCCAGUAAUUUUUGGUUACUAAUAGGAGCAAUGAAAAGGCACUAAGAGAGAUCUAGCAUUGAAGGAAAUCACCAAAUUAUAUAACUUUAUUAAGGAUAAAAGCUUUUACACAUAAAAAAUAAAACUUCAGUUUUUAACCAUUUCCUUGAUUUAUGACAAGGCAUACAAAAUAACUUAGAAAAUUGUAACUGAGUUAAACUGGCUUUUGUAGUGUUUUUUUUUUUUUUGCAAUUCAAUUAUCCUUUUAAAUAUCAAACAAAAAAAAAUGAUGUCGACCAGUGGUUCCAAAACUUUUUUGAUUUUCAGUGCCCUUAUGUAUGCAAUAAUCUGAACAAAGUUUUUGUGUAACUGGAAUUAUCUUUUUAAAAAGAGAAUUGUGCUGCUGCUCAUUUUAAAAUAAAAUAUAUCAAGC